AUUUUCAGAAUCAAGCACAGAAGUGGGCAUACGGGCUGAUGGUGGACUUAAAAGGAAUUGUAGAGAAUUUUAAGUACCUCAACAUAGUUUCCCAGAAAAACUUCACGAUUAAACAUAUGUACAUGAAAUGUACUUUACCAACUCUCCGAGUUCCCUAACUGUCCGACGCUGUCAUAACUCAACCUAAACGAGCAGGCAAAUCUUUUGUUAGUAAUUUCUGCCGCUAUCGCGGAAAUUCGGCUGUAAUCGCGGGCUGGAAAAUUUCCACAGGGUCAAAGUCAUUAGGAUUACUUCGCCAUAUUGAAUUUAUGCAUGCGGCUCCUCUACCUGCGGACCUAUAAAAGAGCAGUCUGACUUAGGAUCGACCUGCACUACAAGCGAUACACUCUGGCGACCAACAUCGUGCUAGUUUCGGACAAAGACUCUGGCUAGUUGGCGAUUCAACGGUUCCUGUUGCCACGUGAAGCAGAAGGGCCACAUCAUCAUCUGGGGAAUGUCACAAAACUGGAACUCUGACAAGUUGGCGAUGGGCAUCGAUGCCACAAGGCGCAGAAGGGAAUCAGGAGAAUGCAAUCCAUGGAUCCUGCCAAAGCAACCGCUUGUUGUGUCAGCAAUUUUAGGCAAAAUUAGUUAAUUGUAGCUAAAUUCUAAACAAAUUGUAUAUAGCCCCCUAAUCCCUAAUAGUUUAAUUUAUAGCCCUUUUAUCCUGCAUAGUCAAAUUUAUUUAGUUCAAUUGUACAUACUUAAUUCUAGACAAUUAUUUAGUCAAAUAUUAUAAGUAUAUUCAAAAUAUACGUGAUAUUUUUGCAAUAAAAUGAAAUUUACACAACAAUUUCAAAGAUGCUUUUUUUCAAUUAAUAAAACAAGCUAAUUUUCAGCUCGACUCAAGUUCUUCUGUGUAUUGAAACAAGACAGACUUGAGUAGAAAAUGAUUUCAAGAUAAAUUAAAUUGAUUUUUAUACAAUAUUUAAUCAAAUGUCUUGUGUGUAGUAUUAUGCACUCAAGUCGAAAAGGGUAUUAGCAGCUCGUUUUGCCUCAAUAACAAAUAUCCGUAUUUAUUGAUAAAACCUGGGUUACCGUGGAGCCCAAGGAAACCUUUUGUUUGCUUGUGCAUGGCAGAACAGUUUGUCUGUCUACAAAAGAAUCGAAUUGAAGGAUAAGGUUCCUGUUAGUUGCUCGGAAUGGAGUAUAUCUUUAAGAAGGAGCGUCGCACAUUUGGAUCACGGGUGCAUUUCGAGGACAAGGAUGAGGUGGUAUUCAGCGAAAACUCCAAUCCCGAACUGGUCAAGAGCUAUAUACUUAAGAAUCCCGUUGACCGUUCCACACAAUAUGCUGGGCAGACAUCGCUGAGCGUUGCCAACACGGAGCGGGCCACAUAUAAGAGCACGGGGAUCACGCACAAUGAGGGCGGCUGGCCGAAGGACAUCAAUAUGCAUGACCCGGAGCAGACGGUGCGCUAUAAGCGCAAAAUCGAAAAGGAUGACAAUUACAUAACGCAAGUGAUGAACCUCACGAAGCCGAUGGAGCACUAUAUACACCAGAAUAAUGCCGUCAACAUCUAUGAGAAUUAUUUUGAGAAUAUGGAGCCGGCACCGCUGCCAGAAGCUUGCAAAUCGCGCACCGUUAACGUCUAUCGUGAUCCCAAUCCGAUAAAGGUGCCCGUGAAGCAUCUGUCCUGGUCACCGGACGGUGGCAUUAAAAUGGCGGUCAGUCAUUGUGAUAUGAAGUUUCAGGGCGACAAGACCGGACAGCGCUGCAACUCGUACAUUUGGGAGGUGGAGAACCCAAACGAACCGUUUCUAACGCUCGAGCCGAAGGUGCCGUGCGUGUGCCUCGAGUACAAUCAAAAGGAUCCAACCAGCCUGGUCAGCGGCAUGUACAACGGCCAGGUGGCCGCCUGGGAUACGCGACACGGCAAGCAUCCGGUAAUGAUUAGCGAACGCGAAGUGUGCCAUCGCGAUCCAGUCAAUUCGGUACUGUGGAACAACUCCAAGAGCGGCACCGAGUUCUUCUCGGGCGGCUCCGAUGGACAGGUGCUCUGGUGGGAUACACGCAAACUCAGCGAACCUCUGGAUCGACUGCUUAUGGAUCCCGUCAAAGGUGAUGAGCAGGAUUUAUCGCGCUCCUACGGCAUCUCAGUGCUGGAGUAUGAGACCACCAUACCGACUAGAUUCAUGGCUGGCACCGAGAUGGGCAUGCUCUUCUCGUGCAACCGCAAGGGCAAAACGCCCACGGAAAAGAUACAAAUCCGGAUGAUGUGCCACUUGGGACCUGUUUAUGCGAUCACACGCAAUCCAGCUUUUGUAAAGAACUUCCUUACCGUGGGCGAUUGGUGUGCGCGCAUCUGGUCUGAGGACUGUCGUGAGAGCUCAAUUAUUUGGACCAAGAGCAGCUCCUCCAUGCUGACAGACGGCGCCUGGAGUUACACCAAAGUCUCCCAGUUCUUUAUUACUCGCAUGGAUGGUGUGCUGGACACAUGGGAUCUGCUGCAGCAGCAGAACGAGCCGGUUCUAACGGUAAAGGUCUGCGAUGAGCCGCUCUACUGCGUGCGGACCAACGAGAACGGAAAAUUCGUCAGCUGUGGCAGCAAAUUGGGUGCAACAUUUCUAAUCGAGGUUUCCGACAAUAUGAUCAUGUCGUCCAAGAAUGAUAAGCCGCUGCUAACUGCGAUGUUUGAGCGCGAAAAUCGACGCGAGAAAAUCUUGGAGGCCAAGUCAAGGGAGAGCAAACUGAAAAUAAAGGCCAAUCAUGGCCAGGAGCAAGCCGAUCUAACUAUGCUGAAUGGCAAGAUCAAUAUGGCGCCAUUUGCUAGCGCAUGCGAACAAGCAGCCAGUGAAUACUUUGUCGCUGUGGAGCAGGAGCGUCUGCGCCGACUGCCCGGAGGCGGAGGCGGAGGCAAGCGUAGGUGAACGGUUUUGCUUUGGCUAUUAUCUUAAUGAUAUUUAAUAUUUAACUGUUCUUACAGAGGAUGUGGAGGAGGUUGAUGUCUCAGAAGCGGAGAGCUCGAAAGUUUAAAUCUGAAAUUGUUAAUAACUUU